UCUCUAGUUGCGGCAAGUGGGGGCCACUCUUCAUCGCGGUGUGGGGGGCCACUCUUCAUCGCGGUGCGCGGGCCUCUCACUAUUGCGGCCUCUCUUGUUGCGGGGCACAGGCUCCAGACACGCAGGCUCAGUAGUUGUGGCUCAUGGGCCCAGUUGCUCUGCGGCAUGACCAGGAGCUCCAGACCAGGGCUCGAACCCGUGUCCCCUGCAUUGGCAGGCAGAUUCUCAACCACUGCGCCACCAGGGAAGUCCCUGUCUUUCACUUUGAUGGGAAACUUAUGAGUGUUAACCCUCUACUUCUCUGUUAGACUCUGUCCUUAGCAGUUUUUUCUGUUCAUCUCCACCCCUUUUGUGACUCUUGUCCUUUCCACUUCUCCAUUGCCCAUUUCCUCUUUUUCCCUUACUUCCUCCCUGCCGAAACCUUGCUGCCCACACUAGUUGGUAAACUUCUCAAAUCAAGACUGGGUACAAAGUUCCAGGUGGGAGAGAAAGGGGCUAUCAUGGGGUCUUAGGGAAUUUUGAGGGGCAAGUUAUCAGAGCUCUGUCUCUGAACAGGGCUAGAGUGAGAUGGCGGGUUUAGAUAGCCUUUCCCAAGCAUGGGUGUUGCCUCUUUCCAUGGUAGCAGGGCCUUGGUCACUGAAGGACGGAGGCAUAGGAGACCAGAUCUCGUAGCUCCCUUAGUUGGCCCUUCUGGGAGCCGCCCGGUCUCUAGUGCAGGAAGGGGAAGGGGCCAGAGCUCAGAGGAAGGCGUGGCAGGAAGGGGACAGCUCUGUGGUCAGGGAGCCGCUCGCAGAGCACAGCUGCACAGUGCCAUCGGAGCAUCCGAUCCCCAGCUCACGGCCCCUCGGCCCCUGCCCAAGAUGUUUCCAGCAGUGGUCUUGCUCUUACUCCUUUUGGUUGAACAAGCAGCGGGCCUGGGAGAGCCUCAGCUCUGCUAUAUCCUGGAUGCGAUCCUGUUUCUAUAUGGUAUUAUCCUCACCCUGCUCUACUGUCGACUCAAGCUGCAGGUGCGAAAGGCAGCUACAGCCAGCCUUGAGAAAUCAGAUGGCAUUUACACGGGCCUGAGCACCCGGAACCAGGAGACUUAUGAGACCCUGAAGCAUGAGAAACCGCCACAAUAACUUUAGAACAGAUGCCCUUGGUCACUUCCUUCUUCCACUCUCCUCCCAGCCCUCGUAGCUGGCAUCACAUAUGCCUCCCCGCCGUUAAUGCCAGCUGACCCUAUCCCUGUAAUGACGCUAUGCCCCCCAUUAAUAGACACCAGUGAUUCCUCCUCCCUGUCAAAGGCCUCAGAUGCUCUUCAUUAAUGUUUAUAUUCUAGUCUCACCUCUUUAUGCCACCCUUCUCCUCUUCCCCAUCCCCAACUCCCACUAAACGAUGGGAAGGGAAGGGACUAACAUCAAUAAAGCUACCACAGACUGGA